GGCAACAGGGGCCGGUUGGCUGUAUCUCGUUGGCAUGUAGCGUCGCGCGCUUGCCAGCCGAUCACGCUGUUCCUCUUUUUCGAAAGGUGAUUGGGUGGUAUCGUCGAGCGGUGUUCUUUCCGUCAGGCCAGCGGGACGUUUUGCUCUCCGUUUAUCAUUGGAGCCGAGGGACGGGUGACUACGGCAGCGGGGUCUGUAGCGAACGCGCUGGAGAAGCGGCCUGCUUCCUUUUCCUGCUGCCGCGUGAGGCCUUUUUUCCCCCAGAGAUCGCAGGGCGCCACGGAGACAGGCCCAGGCUCUCUAUGUCGAGGCCGCACUAACGGAGACUGGCCGUUUGCUCCGCUCGCUCGCUCGUUCGGAGGUGCCGUCUAGUCAGACGGCCUCCCGUGCUCGUAACGGAAAAAGGUAGUUUCUGCAUUUCUCAAGCAGAAAUGAAGAAUAAAAAACAAUCUGUUCAAAAUGCAGAUGAUGACAAACAUGAAGCUGCAAAAGGCGAGGAGAAUGAAGAUUGCUCUUACUCUUCUGACUUUUUAUCGGAUGAAGAUUAUCGCUGCCCAAUCUGCCUAAAUUGUUUGGUAGAGCAGGAAGUUGGCUUUCCUGAAAAUUGCAAACACAUCUUCUGCAUGGCCUGUAUUCUUAAAUGGGCUGAAACUAGAGCUUCGUGCCCAAUGGACCGCAAACAGUUCAAGGCUGUGUAUAAACUAAAUACUUCAGAAGAUUCUGUAAAGGUUCAAAUAAAGCAACAAAUAAGCAAAAAAGAUGACAUCAUCAGUUGUAAUAAGGGCAAGAAUUGCCCUAUAACUAUGAAAACUUGUAAAAGAAAACAGGAAAAUGUCAGCACAAGUUUUUUACCAGUAAUUUAUAAAAGCUGGAACCCAAAUUACAAUCCUUCAAACAAGGAAGAAGUUACAAAUUCAGUGAAGAAAAAUAAGCCUAGAAGACAGACCUGCUUGAACAGAUUCUUCAAAAGUAACUGGUGUGAUAGAUUUUCUUCUAACAGUAGUUUCUCUGAUGUAGCUCCUAAUUAUCAAAGUGAAAGUAUAGAGAUCAGCAAAAUUGACACAAUUAUCAGACACAAAAGAAGAGAAUUGGAGCUGUCUUGUUCUGUAUUAGCAAAAGUGGCAAGAAUUCCUUCCAUAUCUUCUGAAGCAGAAAUAGUACCUUGUCUUGUUCUGGAAACAGUUUUUUCAAUAAGUACUUCACCUUUGGAAAACUUUGGAUCUUCUAAAUCAGGACAUAUUAUUUCAUGUGUCCAUGAAGGAGAAGAAAAAAAACAGACUUCCAAUACUACAGGCACAAGAGGAACAAAAAGGAAGGUUUCAGAUACUACUCCCAGAAGACGAUCUGCCCGAAAUAUUAAAACAGAAACUUCAUAUCAGUGUCAGAGUUCACCAAAAUCCAGUAACUCUGGAUAUGAGGCCAGUAGUGAUGGUAGCUCAUUUGUGAAUGUUUCUUUUACGGAAUUGGAGAAAUUAACUUCCAAACGGAAAGCUAAAAGAAAUGCUAAACAGCAGGAGCCUUUGGCUAAAAAGAAACUAAGAAGUUCUGGGCCCUACGGAAAAGCAUCUAAUAAUAUAGAUUUUGAUGAAGCUGAUGAGACAGAGAUAACCUUUCUAUUAGACAAAGGCAAUUCAGCAGACAGUGAAAAUAGCACCUCUGACCUUACUCAUAAAAAUGUUGACACUGAAUCUUCUAAUGGAGUAGAAAACUCCUAUGUAGCAUAUAAGAAGAAACCUAAGGAACAUUACAGUGAAGGGCAAGACACAUUGGAUAUCUUAGAAACUGGUUCCUGUGUUCAAGAUCCUCCUUUGCUUGCCUUAGAAAAAGCUGCUGGUUCUUGUGUUGAGGAUCUUCCUUUGCUCACUCUAGAGGGAAACACUGAAAAAUGUGAAGAAAAAGUUGACACUGAAACUGAAAACAAGCUGUAUUGUAAAAAUCCUGUUGAGCCAGAUCAGGAUUUAAAUAUUCCUGGAGAACAGUUGUGUGAUGAUAAUAUUAUAUUUACUCAUCAGUCUCCAGAAGUAGGCAUCCCCACCAUUGAAUUGCCAGCAAAAUUGAAUCCUCUGGCAGUAACACAUCAAAUAGUAAAAUGUCCUGGGAAAGAAUUAGGGAAAACAGAAUGCAUGUUACUAGUAGAUGAUAUUUCAGCCGUUUCUAGACAUGAGUUGCUAGGAGGAACAGAAUCUGUUCCAGGAGCAGAUAAUUUAUUGGCUGAUACUAGAAAUGAAUUCCAGGGAAAACUGGAUUCUGAACCAAUAGUAAAUAAACUAGUGUUUUCACAUACAAAUGAAUUAAGAAGACCAGAAUCUUCAGCAAUAGAUGGAAUACUGGAGAAACCCAUAAUUGAACUCACAGAAGAAAUAGUCAAGGAGCCACUAGAUAAUAUUUCAUGUGAAGUACCAUUGUAUUCUUUAGGUGUGCAAGUUGUUGAAAUUGAAAAAAAAGAAUCAAAUGUAUAUAUAACCAAUGAAUAUAUAAAUAAUGAUGACUUAUUAAUAAAUGUUUCCUCAGAUAAUAAACUUAAUCUGUCUUUCGAAAAUGAUAAAGUGGAAACUGAAACUAAUACAUCACCCAAGAGAUGUACUGAAGAUAUUAAACACUUUAACAAAGAUGACAGUGAGAUAGUAUCUAUAGAAUACGACUCAUUUAAUAGUAAUCAGAAUGCAUCUCAGCUUAACCAACCAUUAGCAAAUGACAAUGUAGAGCAGAAAGCAAAUGUCUUACAAAACGAUAGUAAGCAUUCUAUAUCAUUUUCAAAUCCUGAUAAGAAAGAAGCAAAAGAAAGUUUCAUAGAUAAAAAGACACGAACCAGAAGAUCACGAUUUCAUUCUCCAUCAACCACUUGGUCCCCAUCCAAGCGAGAGGGGAAAAGAUCUCAAUCCCCAUCCCCCAAAAGGGAAAUUGGGGAAGGUAGAACAUCUCGAUCUCCCAAAAGGGAUAUUUUCAAAGAAAGUUGGAGAUCUUUAUCCAAAUCUCCUAAAAGAAAUCCUGCAACAUCUCCAUCCAGUUCUCCCAGAACACAUAGUCUGAAAGAAGAGAAACAGUCACUGCGGAAUUCUCCCAGGAAAGAUCAUUUAAGAGAAGGAAGGGAUUCUCCAACCAGCUCUCCAAAAAAAGAUUCUAUCAAAGAUGGAAUAAGAUCUUCACAGAUGCGAGCUAAGGAAUCGCCUCCACGGCACAAAUGUAGGUCUCCCAGUAGGGACAGAGCUAAUGAUAAAAAUGAAUUUAGAAGAGAUAAUGAAAGAGGGAGAAGUAGGAGAAGAUGGUCCCAGUCACAAUCAAGAUCUCGGUCCAGGUCCAGAUCUAGGCCAAGAAGUAAAGGACUUUCAUUUCCUAGAAGUGAGAGGGAUGGCUGUUCACCUCGAUGGAAGGAAAGAUGGACAGAUGUUAAUUGGAGAGACCCUAGAGGAAGUGAUAGAUAUAAAAGAAAUGAACAGCAGAAACAAACAGAGUGUAUGAAAAGUGAAAGAGAUAGUGUAAACAAAGAUGCAGAUACACAGAGUUCUUCUGAUCAGUACAGAAAGGAUUAUCCAGACUGGGUGAUGGAAAGAAUAAAUUCAGUUCCAGAAACAAGGAAUAGAGAAAGAGAUAAUUUUAAAAAUCAGCAAAGGAAAGAAAAUAGGCACAAUGAUUCAGGGGCUUUGUGGAGUGCAAAUUAUGGAUCAGGUUGGAAUUCAAAUCGUGGCAGAAGCAGCCAUGGCAGAGGCAACCGUGGCAGGGGUAGUUUCACAUAUGGAGAGCAGGCUGAAAGUCGCUGGCAAAAUAGGAAAGGCCACUCAAGGAAUGCAAAUAGUUCCGGCAAUGAAACUUCUAGAUUUCCAGAACAUCACCCAUACAAACGUAAAGCAGAACAAGAUUUCACUUUUGAUACACCUGCUGAUAGAUCUGGGUGGACAUCUGCAUCAAGCUGGGCUGUAAGAAAGACUUUACCAGCUGAUGUACAGAAUUACUAUUCAAGAAGAGGUAGAAAUUCUUCAAGCCCACAGUCUGUAUGGACAAAAGAAGAAGCAGCAUCUGAGCAAGAUCCAAACUUCAAAGACCAAACCAGCCAACAGAGUGAUACUUCUCAGCUACCAGUAACUGUGUUGCAACCUCAGAUGAAUGUAAUGACAUCAGUAAAUACACAGCAUCAGCCAAUGAGUAUCUUCCCAUAUACAAUGGCGGUUCCUACUCCUAUUAUGAACAUUCAACACAAUCCAUUUAACCUUCCUCCACCAGUGCCCAUGCAUCUUCAUUCAGGACUGCCUCUUGUCCAGGUAGCAGCUUCAUCCAGUGUGUCUCAGGGACCGCCUCCUCCUCCACCACCACCACCUCCAUCCCAACAGAUUAACUUCCUUGUUUCCCAGCUUGACGGACAGCAGUUGCAGGCUGCUCCAACUACUUCCCAUGUUGCUAACAGUGUGAAUACAACAGCAGCUCUGAGAACUGUGGAAUCUAUUCAGGGAUCGAGUUCAGGUAACACAGCAUCAUCAAAUAACAUCAAAUCUUCCAAUGCUGCUGUUAAAUUGAUGGAAAAGAAAGUAAAUGUGACAGUGGAAGCCAGCGCAGAUAGUUCCAAAAAAGACCAAAAAUUAUUAAUUCAAGAAAAAGCUGCACAAGAAGUAAAACUUGCUAUUAAGCCUUUCUAUCAAAAUAAAGAUAUUUCUAAAGAAGAGUAUAAAGAGAUAGUUAGAAAAGCAGUAGAUAAGGUUUGCCAUAGCAAAAGUGGGGAAGUUAAUUCUGCAAAAGUAGCAACUCUGGUAAAAGCUUAUGUGGACAAAUACAGACAUUCGCGAAAGAGAAAUCCAGAUGAAACUGUUUCUGUGGAAAGAAAAUAAAUCCAGAAUGAAAAAUGCCAUCAGGAUGACUGCAAAGUGCAAUUUUGACUUGGACUUUUAAUUAGAAAUAGUGGCUGAAAUCUGAUUUUGAUAAAAUUAUUUUUCAAUAUAGUGUAUAAUGUUUUCUUAUAAAUAAAUAUAGAUUAAUGCUUCAAGUUUAUCCUUUUGCAAAAAGCUAUGUAAAAAUAAAAUAAAAGGAAUAAAAGACCCCAUGUCCCACUCCCACAACUCCCAAUUAAUAAUACAGUUGUUGAAUGCCACAUACAGUAUUUUUGAUUUACACAAUCUUUCAGAAUACAGAAUUUGGGGCAGGAUAAUACAAUAUAUGUGAGUCAGGGAAAAGACUGGAGUAGAUUUUUAUUUGAUUUUUUUUUGCCACUAUUUUAAACUAUAGUAAAUGUGUUUAAAAUGUCUCACUUCAUAGGUUCAGUGUGUGUGUGUGUUGUCUUUUCAUUUCUCUUGAGGAUUUGCCAGUGUUAAAUCCCAAUAUAGUUCUGACGGUCAUAGUGUAGAUUGUAACCUAGCACUUCACCUUUGGAGAACCAACCCCUGUUAAUAUAUUACACAAAAGUAUUGUGCAUUACAUUUAACAUUGAGUUAUUCUUUGCCCAAUUUAAUUUGUGUUUAAUGUUUCAGUACAGCAUACUUCUAAUCUUCCAACCAUUUGAAACAUCUGAUGGAAUAUAAAAGGUGGAUUGUCGAGUUACCUAUGACAAAGUAUUAACAGUGAUUUUAAAGUAGACAGUUGUCUGAGGCCUGUGAAAUAAAAGAAUAUUUUAGCAAGGAUUAUACAAUGAUGAAGGCAGCAUAAUAGACUGCCAAAUUCAUACUACCAUGUGCUAAUUUAUUGCAUGAAGUCCAAGUGGAGAAUGUUAUACUGAUCUUAAAUGUAUAUGUAGUGGGUGGUGAGGAAGGUUGCUACCUAAAAGUAAUUCAUUAAGCAUAUUACAAAUAUAUUUUCAGUUUCUUGUUACCAGCUGUUUUCAUAAAUGAAUAGCUAAGGAAAUAACAGGCUUUGAUUAUCCCUUGCAACAAAAUAAAACGCUAGUGCAGUAAUUGCCUUGCAUUUCACUGCAUUCAUUGUUUUACUUGGAACCUAGGUCAAUUAAAGGUGUAACUGGGAGAGACAAACCAAUUAAACAUGUCUUCUUGAGUGCACUUGUAUUUGUGGCAGGCUCCACAGAAAGGCCCAAGACGAAGGGUCACCCAGAAAGUUAAAGCAGAGCACUAUCACAGUUAUCAAUUCACAUUCUAUUUCAGACAAUGAACUCCUUGCCUAUAUUGUUUGUGUAACUAAAGAUAAUAUUUAUCUUAUACAGUCUUCGGUGUGGAUAUUGUUUUUAUUUACAGUCAAGUGCUAUGCUUAGCCUUCUGAAGAGAGUUUUUGUUAGAGAAGCAUAUAUGCUAAUUUUCAAUAUAUAGUGACUGCUGACAUGAAGUCUGUAGAAUGCAAUUUUGUUUAAACUCAAUUUGCAUUUUAUAAUUAAGUGGUUUUUCUCAACCAUUUAAGAUGGGGUAGGAAUUCAUAGGUAUACUGUGUGUUGGUUUGAUGCAUAUGUGUUAUUUUCUUAGUCUUUCUGAAUUUAGGUCUACUUUAGAAGUUCAUGAAAUUUCUCAGAUUUACAUGCUCAUUCUUAAUUUGUUUUUGCUGAGUAUAUCUCUUUUGUCCGCAUAAGAUGUACUAGCCACAAACCAGACUUUAAAAUUGAAUCUAUGUUUGACCAUGGAGCUAAUUUACUUUUUGAUGCAAAAUUAAUAGGGACCCAGUUCAGUGCCGAAAAGGAGAAAAAAGAUUUCUGUUAAGGUUGAGACAAUCUUCAUAAUUAUUAUUAUUAUUAUCAUUAUUAUUAUUAUUGGUGAGAUGAUGGAUUAGGAAGUUUUUUAAUGUUUUCUUACCGUAUCUCUCCAGUGUAAUAGCAGCAGAUUAUAGCAAACUUUCACUGUAUUUCCAAACUGAAUGAAAAGGGAUAUUGACUAGCAUGCAGUUGGCCUGUUUCCUUAAAUAUUUUUUUAAGUCAUUCCCUAACAUGCAGCCUUUUCAAUGAUAAUUCAGGCACACAUCACUGAUUUGAAAGAUAUUUGUUUGUUUAUGUAACAAGCACUUCACCAACAGUGAAUGGAGGUAAUGUGUACUUGUUAGUUCAAGAUGCAUCUAUUUCUGAAUUAAACACUACAAGCAUAAGUCAGCAUGCUUUGAAGUAUUUCUGGGGCUGGUCAUUUGGGGUAGAGUGAUUGCAUCCAGCAUUUAUUCCUUUUCUGAUAACUUUGUCAGUACUGAAACACUGAUUCAUGCUGAACAUCCUUAUGAAGUAUGUAUAUGACUAAAUUUGGCCAAACUAUACUAUUUUUUAAUUAAAACAACACUAGCCUUACCACAAAUAUACAAGGAAAACUUGUAACCAAGCUUAGGAACAUUUCUUCAUUAUACUAAGAUUGCAGUCCUACCUAUAAAGAGAGGAAAUUCAAUUGGUUAAUUCAUUAGGGCUUCUGGAAUAGACAGGAUUAGAAUAGGCAAGUUAUUUUUGUAUUCCUGUGACUAUUGACUGAAAUACUUAUUUCUUGGUAGUACACUGCAAAAAUUUCAGUAAUAACAAAACAAAUCCAACUGCUUUAAAUUGCUAUGAAAAAAAUGAUAAUUGAUGUUUCUUGAAAUGGUGCACUGAACACUCAUUCCAGUCUUUUGGUGUGCAUGUGACUUAAAUGUGUUAUAAUUUAAAUAAAGGAAAAUUAAAAUCAGGAUCACAGUGGCUGAUGUAAUCCAGGCUCUGGUAUCUGUCGCUUAGGGCUGGAAUAAAAUAUACUGAAAACAAUAUUCUAAAGAGUUUUAUGUAGUUCAGAAUAUUUUCUAAUAAAUUCUUUUGACUAAGCUGGA